AUGAAAGCAGACAUAUGUGAAAAGUAGGAAAUAACCACAGUAUUGUCAGGAUCUAAAGAACUGUUUAAAUCAUUCAUGACUUAUCUGGAAUUGGUUUUAAAAAUUUUAAACAAAAAUUUUAAAGUUGUAUAAUUAUAGAUUAAAAGAAGAAUAAAGGAAGAGUAUAGGGAUCAGGUACCAUCAAGCAACUGAGAUCAUUAUCACCUUGGGGCAAUGAGUUUUUUUCUAUAAGAUUCAUUGAAGCUAAGGCAAAGGUACAUAGUUAAGCAGUAUCAGUUGGGGAGAAAAUGUCUCCAACAAAGUAAUCUUUGAAUAGGCACCUGAAGAAAGUGAAUUGUGAGCUAAGCAGGUAUUGGGGAACAGCAUUCCUGACAGAGUAUUGAAGAUGCUGAGCCAGUCUGUUAAAUGGAAAUAUGGCAAGUCUGUCUUAUUUGACAAGCAAAGAAGCCAUUGUAGCUACAGUGAAGUUUGCAAUGGUGAAAUGGAAGAAGAUGAAAUUAGACUCCUCACACAGAAGUAUAUGAUAAGUUUCAAGUGAGAAGCAUGGACAACAUAACUACUGUGUUUACAAGAACAGAUCCCUAGAGGCCGGGGUGAUCAUGAAGGAGGGACUUGGAGCCCAACUUUCAAAAAAGAAGAUCACCCUAACUUCCCAUCUUGAUUGCUGCAGAGGCUAUGUCUGAUAAAGCAGAAUGUCCUAUAUUAGAGAUCACCAGACAAGAUUUUUUUCAAGAAGCAAAAACUCUCAUUGCCCAACAUUAUGAGAAAAUAAAUGAGAAUAAAGUUCAAGGUACUUCUAUAAAUGUUUUUAAAAAUAAACAUCAAAAACCAAAAUCUGGCAAAUUCAUACCUUUGGUGAUUAAAAAAAAGGAAACACCUGAUAUGGUUCAAGAACUUCGGACAGCACACAAAAAUAUUUGUUUUCCCAAACACCUGUUCAAAAGUGAGCAUUUUAAGGAACCCUCACAGGGAACUUCUUUCAAGGAGCCAUAUAUUUUUAGCGUAAAGGAAAAAUUCAAGGACUCUAUGGAUAUAAUUGCAAAAGAACAAGUUAAACUGGGUAAAAUAGUAACUAAUAUUGAAUCCGUGGGUAAAAAAAUGGAGAAAGAAAAGCAUCAGCACCAUGGGAAGUCCAGAUUCUUGGUCUCACCAUUUCCCACCCCAGUCAUCAAUCUUCACUUGCCAUUACAACCCAUGACCUCCUCUUCCAUGGGGCUUCUGAAAGAAUAUGACAAAACAUUCUCCGAUUGGAGAGGAAUUGUGUCAACAAAGACUUCCCGUUUGGCUCCUCACUCCAGCUGGCCUAGUUUGUAUGGGUCAUCAUCAGUGUUUCAGGAUUACUGUUCUAAAACAGUAAUGAAGAAAGAACAACAGCCUAUCAAACCAGAACCAAAGCCAGGAACCAGGAUAAAGUCUAUUCUAAGUAAAAGUGGGAAGCUUGACAAUAAAGUUAAAAGAAUUGGACCACACAUAGAAAUCUUCCAAGUGUUCCGGGAAAGGACCAAAUUUGUAAAUAUCAAAAAAGUCGUUAAAAUGGUCAUCCUAAUGCAGGCCUAUGUCAGAGGAUGGCUUGAACGCAAAAGAUUCCAGAGAAUAAUGGUCAAGGCUUUGUCUCAUGGACCAAAUUUGAGAGCAGUUAUAAACAUGUAUCAUAGACUGAUCCAUCGUGUUAAAUAUCGUCUUGGCCUUUGGAGGACAAGACAAAUUAUUAACUUUGCAGAGCUAGAAGAAUGGAUGGACAGAAAAAAAUUUUAUGAAACAAUGUUUGCUAAGAGAGAAGAUUGGCAAGGAUUAGAAAGAAGUGAGCUCCUUAAAUUCUUCAAUGACUGUGGUCAUUUCCCAACCCAGCAGCAAAUUGACGAGGUUUGGGACUUGGUCCAUAGAGAAGACCGUGACAAAUAUUCUGAACUCAUCAAGAAGUUCAAUGCAAUUGAAAUGUUAUUUACGCUCUAUCCUCCUCAAGGUGCCCAUGUGCGUAAUAAUGUUCGACUUAAGUCAACUUGGCUGAGACCCAUAGUAAAUGGGGAAGAAGGAUAUAGAUAUAUAGUGAAUGGACAUCCAAUACUCAAAAGAGCUAACAUCCAGGUUGUUGGAAAGUUAGUAUGCAGAUCUAUAAGAGAAAGGAAAAUGAGACAACAUUUAUCGUGAGAAGAAGAAUAAUGUUUCAAUACAAUUUUAGUAUCUUAAGAAUUGAACCUAUCUACCCAAAGAGAUACAUUAACAUCAGCCAUGGAUUAAUUAUCACCAGGAAAAAAUGACAAGCAUCUUUGGACAUCAAAAGAAGGAUUCCAACAACUCAAUUUAUAAUUCCUAAAUAUCUUUGGAUGAGCCAUUCAUUGGAUCUUCUUCAUUAAAAGCUACCGUUUUAUCAUACUGAAGUUGAAACCACAUAGUGUCAAGUAUUCCUUUCAUUGGACUUUAAUUUCUUUUGUUCCAUUACCAAUCAAUGCCACGAAGAAACUUUAAGACUUUGAUUUCUAAAAAUGCACUUACAGUUUUUGGAAAUGACUCCUCAAAAUGUUUUUUCAACUAUAUGACUUUAUUAGUGUAUUCAUAGUAUUAUUUUUCCCUAUUCUCAUUCCCUACUCAAGUGAAAAACCGGAAGUCUGUCUAUAGUGUUCCUAAGUUACCUGCCUUAGUUAAGAAAAGAUUUGAAGCAAAGCAACUAACACUAGUUUCCUAAGAAUCUUGAAUUUAAUUUUAUCUACCUAUCCAUCACUUAUCCAUCAAUCCCUCCAUCCCCCACCCCCUCCUUCUAUGAGUGGGUUUGAAGAAACAAUUGAAGGAUAGCUGAAGGAACAGAACCUAUAACUAACAUGGAGACUAGACAUGAACAGAGGCAGGAGCUACAUGUGCUUCAUUUUUUCAGUUCUAGCUUCUGAUCUAUUACUUCUGUAAUCGACUCUGGUUUAAGAACAAAAUCUCUCUCAGGCUACUUUAUGCAAUUUACUGUAGAAUCCAUAUGGAAGUUAUUAGAAUAAAAUCUUUAGAAAAACCAGUUACAAGAAUCAUGUUAAGUCAGGGCUCCACCAAAACCAGAACCAAGCUCGAUUAAAAAACAUGCUGAUCCUCUAACGAGAAAAUGUUUGCAGUAAAACAUUUGACAGGGGGGAAAAAAAGCAGUUAUGAGCUCAAAUGUAGACAUUAGUGUAUUUGUGAAAUUAAAUUAUCCGUAUUUACUCUGUUGGUAAUUGAGAGGGUUUCAUUUUAAAGAAAAACAUUUUUUCUUUAUUUCAAUACUGAAAAAAAGCUGAAAAGUGCAGAAUAAAGAAAAAAAAAGGAAAAAAAUCACA